AGCGAGGAAACGGAAUCCGUCGCUGUCCCACACUGAUGACGUCGGGAACCUGUGGCUUUACUUUCAAUUUCAACUUGCAGUAAACAUGCUUGAAUCCGACGCUGUGGGAUGGAAACGCUGCUGUGCGGCUCGCUGCGUGUGUUACAAUCGAGUAGGUGUCGUAAAUACUCCGAGAGACUGAGGAGAGUCCGUCUGCUUCCGUCCGGCUGCCUGCAGGUGUUGUUCAUCAGCAGCAACAGCAGGCGUGUUGGUGCUAGCUGUGCUGGUUUGCCCAUGGAGAAGCCAUCAUCUUCAUCCAAAGCAGCGCUGGAGGAGAGAACCGACCCAGUGGAGGAGAGGGAAGUGCUGAGAGGUGCUGAGGGUGGAGAUGUGGGUCCUCCGACCCCGAGGAAGAGCAGCUCCUCCCGAUCCUCCCGCAAGAGCUUCCGCCUCGACUAUCGGCUGGAGGAGGAUGUGACAAAGUCCUGUCAAGACAAACAUGGCCGCUGGACGAACCCCUGGUCCACAUGGCGCUUCCCUUCCUGCCCGUUGAUGCUCAGGUUCUUGUUGUGGGAUAAAGAUCACAGCAAAGUACCAACUAAUAAAGAGGCUCUGGACAGUGAGCUCCCAGUGAUGGAGCCGUACUUUGUCCAGAACCCAGACCUCUCCGACUCCGGUCCAGGUCUGAGAGUCACCUGGCUGGGUCACGCCACGGUCCUGGUCGAAAUGGACGGACUGAACAUCCUGACCGACCCCAUCUUCAGCCAGAGGGCCUCGCCUAUCCAGUUGGUGGGGCCCAAAAGGUACCGAGGGCCUCCCUGCACUGUGGAACAGCUGCCCAGGAUCGAUGCUGUUGUCAUCAGCCACUCUCAUUACGACCACCUGGAUGUUGGAUCUGUGGCCAGCCUCAACGCACGCUUCGGGGGGGAGCUACGCUGGUACGAGCGAUCCGUCAGUGGGCUCAUUUCUCACUCUCUUCAAUUCAUUUCUUAUGUGUCUGACACUCCCGUGUGUUGCAGGUUCGUGCCCCUGGGUCUCAUGGACUGGAUGAUGAAAAUGGGCUGUGAGAACGUGAUCGAGCUGGACUGGUGGGACGAGAACUGUGUCCCGGGUCACGACGACGUGAUGUUCGUCUGCACGCCGUCUCAGCACUGGAGCAAACGCUCGGCUCUGGAUGAUAACACGACGUUAUGGGGCAGCUGGUCUAUUUUGGGUCCGGAACAUCGAUUCUUCUUUGCUGGGGACACUGGCUACUGCCCCUCCUUCCAGGAGAUUGGACGACGCUUUGGACCAUUCGACCUCGCUGCCAUCCCCAUCGGAGCCUACAUGCCCAGGGACGUGAUGAAGGGGCAGCACAUAGAUCCAGAGGAGGCUGUUCAGAUUCACCAGGACCUGCAGGCAAAACACUCUGUGGCCAUUCACUGGGGAACUUUUACACUCACCUAUGAGUACUACUUGGAGCCGCCGGUUCGUCUCAGAGCGGCACUGGAGCAGAAAGGACUGCAUCCGAAAUCCUUCUUCACGUUGCAUCAUGGGGAGUCUCGGCUUAUUACGGCACGUGGAGGAGAAGUCUUUGAGUGAUAGUGAUCAUCCUCCUCCUCCUCCUCCUCCUCCUCCUCCUCCUCCUCCGGGGUUCCUGGGCUGCGUUACCAGAGAGAUUUUGUAGAUAUACUUUAGUGAUUAAAGUAUGAAGCUCGUCUCUAUAUUUACCCUGUAAUGAACACUUAUUAUUUUUCACCAAUUACAUUACAGGGUCAUUGGUGAACAGUACUACCUAAAUGAGCUGAUACAAAUGGAGGGGAAAAAAAGAACAGACUGAAUUGCUGAGUCAGUGUCACAUGUUCAUUGAAAAUAUUGAUUCAGAAUUUUCGUUGGUAUGCACAAGUUUAGAAAAUGAAUUCAGGUCCCAUUUUAGACAGUUGAAGACUAAAGUUUCCACAUGUGGGAUAAGCGUAGACAUUUCUUUUCAGUGGUUUUUGUUCAGUCAGCAUGCAGACCGCAAAUUACCACUUUGAAAUACAACAAAGCUGCAGAAACACUGUCAGUGAUUAUCUACAUAGAGGGAGACAAUUUAAUGUUAAAUAUAGGAAGUGGUUAAGAAUGUUUACCCUAACACUCAUGGUCAUUGGAGAACAAUACUACCUAAAGAAUCUAAUGACAAAAUAAAGGAAAAACACUUACUUCUGGCAAAGAUUAGCGCCUGUUUUUUUGUAAUUUCAAAGAACAUUUUCUGCAGCUUUGUAUCUCAAAGUGGUAACUUGCAUUUUGACAUUAAGUGAGUGUUUGAAAUAUUUUCUGGUUGCUAAACUGUUCCAGAACAGAGGAGCAACAACCACUGAAAAGAAACUGAGUCAUCAACUGACCAAAAUAUGAGCAUCAUUCUUUUUCUGAAUUUUUUGCACAUUAACAAAGAAAUCUGAAUAAAAUAAGUUAAAAUGAACUUCAGAGUUACUAUAGUAACCAAUGCUCUUAAAUGAAGAUGUGAAUGUAGUUAAAGUGUGUGCACAGGAAACAGUGGAGGUUGAUUGACAAACCUCGUCUCUGAAGCUGAACAGGAACCUGUAGACACGUGAUGCAGUUUCAUAUUCACACACAGCUGGACACGUGAGCUGUUAUAUCAAAGAAAAAACACAGACAGAUAUUUAGUGGUUUUUAAAGAGCAGUGUUAGCUGAAGCUAAAUGACAAUACUGUGUUUUUCUUCAGAUUGUAUUGAGGCCAACCCAAAACUACACAGACAAGUAAAGGAAGAAAUCUAAUUCCCUACAGCUGAAGUGUCAGUGUGCACAAGUUGAGCUGGGUUCAACUUGCACUGCAGCUACUGUGUUUUGUUCCUGUGACGGACAUUUACUUUGAAUGUUCUGAAACCACAGCACAAAGACCAACCUCCUCAUGCAUCAUUGAUGUUUUCGCUUCAGACAAACAAUAGAAUAAUUUAGUACUGUUGUGAUUUGAUCUUAAAAACCAGAAUGUAAGAAGAGGUAACAGCACAAUUUUGAGGUGAUUUAAUAGCCUGGAUAAAACUGUAUCGUCAGUCUGGGCUAAUUGUGUUUUACAUUGAUUCUGUGUCACUGAAUUUACCAUUAAAUAAACACUGCAUACCUGCAAA